CCCAGCCCAGCAAAGCAAACUCCUUCUUAUCGGCAAGCCCAAGGCUCCUGCAUUAGUUCCCGGCGCCGAAGCACUUUCCGUCGACAAAUCUGAAUUUCAUCCGUCCUAACAAAACAACAUUUCCCAACCAAUUUCAUCGAUUAGGUCACUCUAUUCGUCUUUAUCCCCCAUAAUUCCCAUCUGCAAACCCUAACUCAUGUCAUAAGUUUUCUAAAUUAGGGUUUUUCUUCCUCUCAACCAUGGCCGAUUGGCAUCAAUUUCUCCAAUCAAUUUUCCUAGGUCUAAUCUUCUCUUACCUUCUAGCCAAACUAAUCUCCAUCGUCGUCGCUUUCAAAGACGACAAUCUCACCAUCACACGGGAGCCGUUAAUUACUCCUCAGUCUUCUACUGUAACCGCCGCUCAGUCGACUCACGAGACCGAGUCACUGAUUGCCGAGCACGGCAGCGUCAGGAAUGAGAGUAUAGCUGGCGGCGACACUGACUAUGACAGUGAUGGUGGUGGCGAUGAUGAGGAUGAUGAUUGGGAAGGUGUUGAGAGUACAUUACUUGAUGAAACGUUUAGUGCAGCUACGGCGUUUGUUGCGGCGGCGGCUGCUGAUCGGCUGUCGCAGAAGGUGUCUACUGAUGUUCAGUUGCAGCUUUAUGGAUUGUAUAAGAUUGCUACUGAAGGACCUUGUAGUGCUCCUCCCCCUUCUGCUCUCAAAAUGAGUGCUCGAGCUAAAUGGCAAGCAUGGCAGAAACUGGGUGCAUUGCCUCCGGAAGAUGCGAUGGAGAAGUACAUUGAUAUUGUUACAGAGUUAUAUCCAUCUUGGCUAUCUGGUUCAGCCAUUAAAAAGAAAGGCGGAGAUGGCGAUGGACCACGUACAGAUGCAAAAGGACCAAUGGGUCCAGUUUUCAGCACUUAUGUUUAUGAGGAGGAAUCUGGAGAAGAGUCGAAAAUGGAAGCCAUCCAUGCCUUUGCUAGAGAGGGAGAUGUGAAGAAUUUACUCAAUUGUAUAGAGAGCGGUGUUUUUGUCAACUUGAAAGAUAGUGAGGGUCGGACUGCUAUGCAUUGGGCUGUAGACCGCGGUCACCUUAAUGCCGUAGAAGCUCUUGUUGGAAUGAACGCUGACGUAAAUGCGAAGGACAAUGAAGGCCAAACUCCAUUGCAUUAUGCUGCUGUUUGUGAUAGAGAAGCGAUUGCUGAAUUACUUGUAAAGCAAAAUGCAGACACAAGUUUGAAGGACAAUGAUGGCAAUUCUGCUUGUGAUCUUUCCGAGUCGGGUUGGCCUUGCUUGCGGCAUGCAGGAACAACUCAUACCGACUAAUAUUUAUGCUCCGUGGUUUCUUUAAUCCCGUCUCUGAAAAUGAAUCUCCAUGAAUGUAUAUUGCCAGAUAUAUGUAACCUUUUUUCAUUUUAACAUUAUAUUAGUGAUAAAUUAAGUUUCAAAUCAUAUUCUCUGCCCGAACCCUUGCAUCGUUACUCUUCCACUUGGUUUUAUAGUUGAUGUGAAGAUAUUGAUGAAGGGCUCACAGGUGCACAGACGAUUUGGUUUUUAUUGCAUGAAUUAUUUUUCUA